GAUGCAGCUUGACCUUGCUUUCACUGUCAGAAGAUGUUUAACUGCAACACGUCAGUGAUCAAAGAGGAACCAAGAGAAGACCUUGACGUCACCCCGGCUGUGGGAAGCGAUGACGGAUCCUGGAGAAUCGCUGGGGAGAAGACUCUUAUGGAGGACACUCUUGGCCCCGAUGUAAAGCCAGAGCAAUGCAAAGAGGAACCAGGAGAAGACCUUGAUGUCACCCCAGCUGGGAGAAGUGAUGGUGGACCCUGGGGAAUUGCUGGGGAGAAGACGCCCGAGGAGGACACUCUUGGCCCCGAUGUAAAGUCAGAGCAAUGCAAAAAGGAACCAGGAGAAGACCUUGACGUCGCCCUGGUUGGGAGAAGCAAUGGCGGACCCUGGGGAAUUGCUGGGGAGAAGACCCCCAAAGAGGAUGCUCUUGACCCCGAUGUAAAGCCAGAGCAAUGCAAAGAGGAACCAGGAGAAGACCGUGAUGGCACCCCAGCUGGGAGAAGGAAUGGCGGACCCUGGGGAAUUGCUGGGGAGAAGACCCCUGAGGAGGACUCUCUUCAUCGCGAUGUAAAGCCAGAGCAAUGCAAAAUACCUCUGGCAGGAGAGGCCAAUGAGGUUGAGCCAGACACCAAGCAGGGGGCACCCCUCCGGUGGGUGGUGAAGGAAGAGGGCAACGGGGGCGCAACGGUGCUGAGCGAAAACGAAUGGAGCCAGCUUCCUCUUCGUCCCUCUUUAUCAGGCAAAGAUGGGAGCGAGAGUAAGGAGGAGGAGAAUGCGUAUAAAAAAAUCAACACAGGAGAGAAACCGUAUAAAUGUGUGGAUUGUGGAAAGAGCUACAGUACCAAAUGGAAUCUUAAUGAUCACAAAAAAACCCACACGGGAGAAAAACCGCAUCAUAAAUGCCUGGAGUGUGGAAAGUCCUUCACUGAGAAAGCAUACCUGAAAGUGCACAGAAGAAUCCACACUGGAGAGAAACCAUAUAAAUGCCAGGAGUGUGGAAAGAGCUUCAGGGAGAGAGGACACUUUACUGUACAUACAAGAACCCACACAGGAGAGAAACCGUAUAAAUGUGUGGAGUGCGGAAAGGGCUGCACUACCCAAUGGAAACUUAAUGAACACAAAAGAACCCAUACGGGGGAAAAUCUGCUUUAUAAAUGUGUGGAGUGUGGAAAGGACUGCGCUACAAAAUGGAAACUUAAUAUGCACAAAAGAACCCACACGGGAGAGAAACCGUACACAUGUGUGGAAUGUGGAAAGAGCUUCACUGGGAAUGCAUCCCUCAAAAUGCACAGAAGAAUCCACACAGGAGAGAAACCAUAUACAUGUGUGGAAUGUGGAAAGAGCUUCAGUGCAAGGACGAAUCUCAGUGCGCAUGAAAGAACCCACACGAAAGAGAAACCCUAUAAAUGUGCGGAGUGUGGAAAGAGCUUUGCUGAGAGUUCAAGCCUUAAAGUGCACAGAAGAAUCCACACAGGAGAGAAACCAUAUAAAUGCCUGGAGUGUGGAAAGAGUUUUGCUGUGAGAGGACACCUUACUGGGCAUACAAGAACCCACGCAGGAGAGACACCAUACAAAUGUGUCGAGUGUGGAAAGAGCUUCAGCACGAGGACGAAUCUCAGUGUGCAUGAAAGGACCCACACGAAAGAGAAACCAUAUGAAUGCUUGGAGUGUGGAAAGAGCUUCGGUGUGAAAGGACACCUUACUCAACAUAAAAGAACCCACACGGGAGAGAAACCACACAAAUGUGUGGAGUGUGGAAAGGGCUGCAGUACAAAAUGGGAACUUAAUGCGCACAAAACAACCCACACGGGAGAAAAACCGUAUAAAUGUGUGGAAUGUGGAAAGAGCUUCCGUUCGAGGAGGAAUCUCAGUUUGCAUGAAAGGACCCACAUGAAAGAGAAACCAUAUAAGUGCCAGGAGUGUGGAAAGAGCUUCUGUGUGAAAGAGUAUCUUACUGUGCAUAACAGAAUCCACACGGGAGAGAAGCCGUACAAAUGUGUGGAGUGCGGAGUGUGCUUCCGUAUCAAAGAGCAUCUUACGAAGCAUAAUAGAACCCACACGGGAGAAACACUACCCAUGCUUGGAGUGUCACAAGAGCUUCAGGCAGAGCGCCCAGCUUUCUCACCACAGGAAGAUCCACACUGGGGAGAAGCCGUAUAAAUGUGCCUUGUGUUGCCAUCAGAGAAACCACAAGUGGCAAGACCUGUAGGAAUAUCACAGAGCUUCCUUUACAUCACACAAGUCAAUGAGAUGACUAUAUUGUAUGGACUAUGUUACGAGGGUUGAAUGAAAAGUAAUGCCUCUACCUUCGUUACUACCUUCGUAAAUCAAACGCAGAAAUAAUCCUUAGAAAGUGCUCUUUAACUACCACUCCUGAAUCAAUCUGUCAACCUUUUGUUUGUGAAACUCGGUGGUUGCUGUCACAGGACGUCCAACUCUUUGUUUGUCAUACAAGUCAGAUGUUCCUACCUCAACAUCGUUAAACUUACUCGCCCAACGACACACAGUACUCACAUCAACACAAUCGCCAUAAACAGCUUGCAUUCUCUGAUGAAUCUCCUUUGGGGUGACACCUUCUGCUGUCAAGAAUUCAAUGACUGCACCUUGCUUAAGUCACAUUGACCAACCGUCUGCGCAGGGUUCUAUACUUUGCACUUUACCACCACAACCAUUCAAUGCUAAGGCUUCCUGCCAAAAUGGAACUGUAGAUGAGAGUCUACUGAACAAGCCAGCACCUGGCACAUACCAGUACUGCCAUCUGUUGAGGAGUUACAAAGGUGUAGGCAUUACUUCUCAUUCAACCCUUUUAGAUUGUUAUCCCUUUGAUCAUACAGGAGGGCCUUCCUUUCACUCCCACCCCUGUCGCAGGCGCAACUUGUGGGGAAGAGGGAGAGGGCCUUCUCUGUGGUUGCCCCUAGACUUUGGAACUCGCUACCCGUUGAGAUUAGUCAAACCCCCACACUGGCAUUCGCCUAAUCUAAACACUUGGCUGUUCUGGUGUGCCUUUGAGGAUUAAACAACAAGUCCCUCAUCUUGACCAACUCAGCAUAAUGUCUUUUGAUGCACUUUAUCUCACCCUUCAGUGAAGUAAAUCCCAUUGUUUGUCCCAUCCGAACCUCCCACCAGAUAUAUUACCUUACUCAUCCAUCUCACCCAGGGUUUUAAAAUCCUAUUUGUUGUAUUUAGCCCUGCCCACUUGGUUAUUGUUUUGUUAUUUAUGUUUUACCUUGCAUUUUUUAUUUUAUUUUAUUUUAUUCUAUUUGUUGUGUUAAUUUAUGAUUUUAUGUUGUAUUCUUUUGCUUUACAGAGCAAAAGAGCAGAAACAAGUUAAGUGUUAGAAAGUUAUAAAAUAACAAUUUUAUGUAUUGAAAGGAGUGAAAGACAGUUACAGUCAUAUCCAGGUGGAACUGAAGUAACGUACUUUGUAACAGAUAAGUUUAUGUGCAGAACAAUUCAUAAAUAAACAUUUAUUUAUUUCAACA